UGUCACAUGACCACACACAGGCACCAAACCCGGAAAUACAGAAGAGUGGCGUGACCAAGUGGACCCAACAGCGAUCAGCUUUGUGGAUAUAAGAUUGCAACAAAAGUAGCUUUCCCCGUCAUUAGACAUAUUUUGCACUGCAUAUCUUUAAGCGCAAUGUGAACACCAUACCGGGAGAUGUAAACCUUUGGAACAAGGUCUAGAGAAGUAGUCACUCUGUGAACCAAUUCAUUCAACACCACCAACUAUGGGACUGACCUCUGUUCUGAUUGUGUUUUUUAUGUGCGCGUCUACGACCAGUGGAGGUAAUGAUGACUGCCUGGCGCGUAACUUCGGCCACGGCUCGGUGGUGUGUGAGUGUAACCUGUCCCAUUGUGACUCGGUGGGGAAGGUGGCACUCCCUCCUGCGGGUCACUUUGUGUCCUUCACCAGCAAUAAGGCAGGCAGCCGGCUGAAGCAGACACAGGGGCAGGUGCAGCCCAACAGCACUGGAGCAGGUUUAAGGUUCACCAUCAUCCCCUCCCAGCGGUUCCAGCGCAUCAAGGGCUUUGGGGGCGCCAUGACGGAUGCCACCGCCAUCAACAUCCUGUCCCUCUCACCAGCCAAUCAGGACCAGCUGCUCCAGCAGUACUUUGCACCUCAGGGAAUUGGCUACAGCAUUGUGCGGGUGCCCAUGGCCAGUUGUGACUUCUCCACGCGCCUCUACACAUAUGCUGACUCAGCAGGAGACUACGCGCUCAGCAACUUCACUCUGGCUGCAGAGGACACGAAGAUGAAGAUCCCCCUGCUGCAGAAGGCACAGGCCAUGUCCCCUGCUCCCCUGUCUCUGUUUGCCAGUGCCUGGAGCGCCCCCGCCUGGAUGAAGACCAACGGUGCGCUCAUCGGCAAGGGCACACUGAAGGGGAAGCCGGGAGGGAAGGAGUACAAGACCUGGGCAAAUUACUACAUCAGGUUCAUGGAGGAAUACAAGAAAUUCAACCUGUCCUUCUGGGCCAUAACCACGGGCAAUGAGCCCACUGCGGGCAUGAUGACCGGUUACAGCUUCCAAGCCCUGGGCUUCACCCCGGAGACGCAGCGUGAUUGGGUGGCCAAGGACCUUGGGCCCGCACUUCAUGCCUCUCCAUUCGCAGACACUCGCGUCAUCAUGCUGGACGACAACCGGCUUCUGCUCCCUCAUUGGGCCAAAGUGGUCCUGAGUGAUGUCCAUGCUGCGCGCUACCUCCAUGGUAUCGGGGUGCACUGGUACUUUAAUCACCUGGUGCCUGCGGGCAUCUCCCUGGGCACCACGCACCGCCUGUUCCCCGACUACUUCCUGCUGGCCACAGAGGCCUGUGCCGGCUGGAGCCCCUUGGACCACGGCGUCAAGCUGGGCAGCUGGGAGCGGGCGGAGGAAUACGCGCACGACAUCAUCGAGGAUCUGAACCAUUACGUGGUUGGCUGGGUGGAUUGGAACCUGGCGCUGGACAUGGGGGGCGGGCCUAACUGGGUUAAGAACUUUGUGGACAGCCCCAUCAUCGUGGACACAGGGAAGGACGUCUUCUAUAAGCAGCCCACCUUUUACAGCAUGGCACACUUCAGUAAGUUCCUGCUGGAGGGCUCCCAGCGAGUGGGUGUGUCCGCCAGUGAGGCCUCUUCCCUGGAGACUACGGCCUUCCUCAGGCCCGACGGAGCUCUCGUACUCAUUAUACUGAACAGGUCCGAGGAGAGUAUUCCAUGUGAGGUGUGGUACCCAGAGGUUGGCUUCGUGGCGCUGGACGCUUCUGCUCGUUCCAUCAUCACAGUCGUCUGGGCAACACACUGACCACCGACACAUAACUUUUUUUAAAUCACACCCGACACAGAGUGGCCUUCAUGCACCCAGAUCAACCCGAAAUAAUGCUGCACAAGAAGAGUUCACACUCUUCUACUCUUCUAAGUGUCUUAAAUUUCAUUCCACAGAAUGCAGACUUUAUUUCAGUUUACAUGUUAUUUUGACUUUGCCUUUGAGAUUUAAUUUGCAUUUUUUCACUGAUGCUGUUCACCAAGAGGGGG